AUGGAGACUGACAAUUUGCCAGAUGACUGGCCUGUGGAAGCUAUUGUAACCGCAGGACAACCUCUUACGAGAAGACUUGCUACAUGUGUUGGUAAAGCUUGCAAAUAUUUACUGUGCUUUUAUGGUGGAACAGAAUCUUCUGGGGUGACGGAGGCAACAAUUAUGGAUCCAGAUGAUUUCGAUGAAUUUGGGUGCGGAAAGGCUGUCAAUUACCCAAGAUUGGAAGUGAAAAUCGUUGACGAGAAUGGUGAAAUUGUUCCCGUCAACCAUAGAGGAGAAAUAUAUGUUCGAACUGAAAUUAUGUUUAAAGAAUACUUUAAUGAUCCUGAAGAGACAAAAGCGGUUAAAACCCCAGACGGAUGGUAUAAAACUGACGAUAUCGGCCGGAUGACGGAACACGGCCAAUUCUUUGUAGAGGGUCGGAAAUCAAACAUGAUUAUUUCGGAUGGUUUUACUGUAGCUCCUGAAAUCCUUGAAAACGUCAUGAAAUCAUUUCCUGGUAUCGAUUUAGUAGUCAUAGUACCAGUACCAGAUGACGUAUACUAUCAGGUUUUGUGUGCAUGCGUGAUAAGGAAACCAGGAUUUACAGUAACCGAAACAGAUGUCCAAACUUACUGCCGUGAAUAUCAUGCCGAUAAACCAGGGCUUUUCACCUUUCUUCCGAAAUUUUACAUGUUCUUUGAGAAGUUUUCUGAAACAAGAAGUGGCAAAACGUAUUGGAAAGAGUUAGAGAAACUAGCGUUAGAGCGUUUCGGGACUUCAGAAGACAAAUGUUGAAACUGAAAUAUUUCUUAGAAGACAUACAGUUAUUAAUAAUAUUAUAUAUACUAUUUUUAAACAGAAAAAAAAACGAUUAAGUGUGAGUAUUGAAAAUAGUAAUGUUCCAGCAGAGAACAUUGUACAGUAUUUGAGAUGACGAGUAAACGUAAAAAGAAAGUGUUUCAUUGCCACACAAUGCAAAUAUGAAUUUUGUGUUUUGCCUGACAAAGAAAUAUCCCAGGUAUUACAUCUAAUUAAAUCUGUAAAAAGAUCCUUUGUAAGCAAAGAAAUCAACCAAGAAGAAUAAUAGCAGACACGGUUUAACUCUUUAUUCAUUCGUCUGUUUUUAUUGUCAUUUAUUCAUAUAUAUGUACAAACGUAUAUAUAUUCCUCCACAUGUUCAAAUGACUAUUCAAUAAGAUACCUUAUAAUACACUAUGAUUGUUUGAUAGUUAGCACUGAAAUGAGUCUCCGGCAGUGAGAUACAAAAUUAUUUUGAAACUAUUUUGAUUUACACUUUUCAAUAAAUUUAUUUACCUACGAGGCUCAUCCAUUAGAUGGUGGGAAUUUAUACAGCACUUCCUUAUUAAUCGAGUGUAUUCAUACUUUACAUAUACCUGAUUUAGCCAAUUAGCAAUAGAAGUGUGAUGUCAUGUGAGAACAACAUGCCUUUAUUUCUCAUAACGUCUCGUCGCUCACAGUCAUUCGUUAAGCCGUGGUCACGUUCAAGGUAGAGGAGCAGAGCUUACAAUAACAUAGCAUUUUUCUUAAGGAAAUCGAGUGUGGAAAUAUUUGAAACGCUUCAGUGUGUUUGUGGAAAAGAUGCACUCGCACAAGAUGCAGUGUAUAGAUUUCUUUUUAAAGAUGGGCGAUACGGUGUACAAUCAAAGCACAGUCCGUGGCGACC